GGUUCACCGUUGCGCCAGCCUCCACCAACAACCAAAGGGUUAAACCGCUGAGCCUGUUGGUGAGCGCACCAUCCAACCGUGCUGUGUCGCUAAGGGAAGAUAGGCUACUUGUGGAGAAGCAACAGAUCUCCAGCUGGAAAACAAGCCCACAUCUGUCUGCAUGGCGCGCGAGCUGAGCGUCUUCAGCAAGGGAGGUCUCGAGGAAUAUCUCACUGCGUGGCGCGCGAGCGUCUUUUCAUCAGGUGUCUUCCUGUUGUGUGAGGACGGGAAAAGUUGUCAGGAAUAGUUAAAGAGGGCUUUAGCGUCGCUGAAUUUUGGUGAUGUUUUUGAGAAAAGGGGAGGAGUGUUACUAACGUGGAGCUACUCAGGUUGAGCGCGUGAGUUAUAGACAGUUUCUUAAUAAAAUAAAAUAAAAUAAAAUAAGCAACAGCCUUAAGUUUAAGAGCAGGGAAAUGUCCAAAAAUAUCUGAAGAUAUGAAGUCACGCUGCUGAACAUUUAAAGCACGGAUCCGCUUUUUCUGUAACAGGUGGGUUUAUUGAGCGUCUCUCUGUAACCUGUUUGGCUGUUCUUUCUUGAUUAAUGAGACAUUCCCGCCAUCAUAAGGACUUGUGUGUGAAAUGACGGCGCACUUUUCCUUAAUUUUCUGAUUUUUGUUCGACUGGACACCAGUUUGUAAGGUCCCUGCCUCUCGAUGAUAAGCUCGGUGUGUGUUUCGUCUUACCGAGGGCGCAAGUCGGGCAACAAACCUCCGUCCAAAUCAUGUCUGAAGGAGGAGAUGGCCAGAGGAGAGGACUCGGACAAAAUUAUCAUCAAUGUGGGUGGCACUCGUCAUGAAACCUACAAGAGCACUCUGAGGACCCUGCCGGGGACCCGCCUGGCAUGGCUGGCAGACCCGGACACGCAGGUCAGCACGGACUCAGACGCCCCUGUGCCCCCGAGUGCCACCGAGUUCUUCUUCGACCGACACCCCGGCAUCUUCGCCUACGUGCUGAACUACUACAGGACCGGGAAGCUGCAUUGCCCGGCAGAUGUCUGCGGGCCCCUCUUCGAGGAGGAGCUGGCGUUUUGGGGGAUUGAUGAGACAGACGUGGAGCCGUGCUGCUGGAUGACUUACCGGCAGCACCGGGACGCGGAGGAGGCCCUGGAUAUAUUUGAGCCGCCUGAGCCGGAUGACACUGACGACGAGAGAGAGAUGCCGAGGCGGUUCGGUAUCGAGGACUGUCCGGACAGGUCGAGGAGCUGCUGCGAAGUUUGGCAGCCGAAGAUCUGGGCCCUGUUUGACGACCCCUACUCGUCUAAAGCUGCCAGGGUGAGUCAUUCAAGUGUUUUCAGUGAUCUAAUGUGGCACACUGAGACAGUACAACCUGUGAAGUAGUUGCUGUUGAGAGGCCACAUGUUAGCCUGAUCAACAGGUGUCCCUCUGUAGCUUCAGCCAAUCAGGCUGCAACACUCUCAGGUACAACAUCUGGAGACAACAACUGUCCAAAACAUCAUGAACACCUUAAUCUAAGCCACAUAAUACAUCAGCUCAACUAUAAUUUCUCCAUUUAGGGAGCCUCUAACUUUACAGUAUUUGUUGUCAUGAGCAGGCAGGUGAUUAAUAUUGAAGACAUAGUGGAUGGUGGUGUAGCCUGCUGGAGAGUUCUACAAUGAAAGUGUUCUUUAUAUUUUUUCCACUUCAUUCACAAACAUGAAGGGAGCAAAGUAUAAACAAUACCUAUCAAUACAACCCACUUAAGUGACCUACACCACCAACACACAAUGCAUCUUUAACAACCUCUUAAGUUGAUCUCAAAUACUCGAUGUAGAUAGCAACAAUAAGACAAAGGAACAAAAAAUAGAGAUCACACUACAUUCAUAUAGAGGUUUAUUGAAAUAAAAGCACAGUGCAGAACAUGUUUCUGUCUCUGUUAGGGACCGAAACUCAGAUCCACUUUUCCCUGACCCAGAACUGCGUGCACAAUACAUGUGUGCGUACAUACUUGUGAUGGUAAGUAUAUCUAUAGAAGUAGGUAAAUUAGUAUUUGGUUCAUAUUCAUAAUGAUUUUAAAAAGUGAAUCACUGCUCAGCUGUGAUUAAAAUUUGCAUAGUUCAGAUACAGCUCAACAAGUGUGCUAGUCUUGCCAUUAUUGCCUAAAGCAGCAAUUAAUAAAGAAGUGUGACUAGAAGAGAUAUACAUGAGUAUUUUAUGAGUAGCAGACUAACCCUCGAGUUAUUAGGCAAUAUGCACUACAUAAUAUUUGGUUACGUAGGUAGUGUGUUAUUAGGUGGUUUUGGUUGUGGACACACCAAUGGACCAUCAGAAGUUGAUGCCACAAGCUGUAUUUUAAAAAAGGGUCUGGUAAGUAUUUACUGACCAUGAAGCUUAAAGAUUUAGGGCUCCCCCUACUGACUGGCUGCAGUAUAGGUCCCAAAGUCCACUGUUAAAUUUUUAAGAGAUGGGACAGGGCUAUACUAUAAAAACACAAUAAUUAUCAAAGAAGUUAUGGUUGGCAAUAGUGGUCUGAUAUCAAGGAAAAAAUGCAUCACAUUUCGCAUGAGAUACUUAAUUUAAAUUAUUACAAGUCACGUGACUUUGUGAGUAUUUAAGUUAAUGUUGUCUUGAUUAAAAAGUUAGUUGUCUUACAUCAGAAGAAAACAGAAAAAACAGUUUCCAGCCUUAAAAAUCACCAUGUGAGAGGUAGACUCAGAGAUGAUCAUGUGACUCUUAUGUUCUCCUUGAUUGGUGGAAAUGGCGAUAACAGAACUCCUCCUUUAAUACAACCAUAUUACCUACCUCCAUUAUACUCCUUAUAGCAAUGGUUAAAAUUAGGGUUGCAGAAUUCCAAAGAUUUUUCCAUGAGAGUUAAUGGGAAUAUAUGGGAAUUAAUGGAAAUAAAUCAGAAAUUUACAAAAUUGAAGGUUGGCCCUCAACAGGGAACUCCACAGAGAAAAGGAAAGAAAGAAAGAAGGAGAAAAGAAAGAAAAAAUGAAGAAAAACCGAAUCUAAGGUAGGUUUGCAAAAUUCUGUGAUUUUUUAAAGUUGGAAACUUUCCAUGGGAAUUAAUGGGAACAUAUGGGAAUUAACGGGAACAUACGGGAAUGUAUGGGAAUUAAUGGGAAUAAAUCAGAGAUUUACAAAAUUGAAGGUUGGCCCUCAACAGGGAACUUAAAUAUAGCUGGGGAAAAUAUGUGGUAGCAUAAUCUUGGCUAAAACAACCAGAUUUAAUGCAAGUACACUCCUCAAUCACAUGCACACAGCACACCUCGUACUGCAGGGCUAUUGAGGCCACACACCCUACAUGCACUGUGCAUUCCUCCAUCACAUGCACAUAUGAUUUCUUGAACCCUGGAGGCCACACUUUUGAGCCAAGAGCAUACGGACUAUAUAAAGUCAAGUAAGUUUUGAUAAUAUUAUUGGGUAAAUAUAUUUGAUCUAUAAUAGUAUCAAUAUUUAACUUGCAAAAAAAAUAAAUAGAAACAGGUGCUAAAUGUAAGCUAUUUUCAUUAUAUUGACCAUUUAAGGGGCUAGCUUAUUAUGGUGGUGGUAGCUACCUCAAAUGUAAUGCUUUUUCUUCUGACUCCUGCAAGAUGGUUUUCUGAAACCAUACAAAAAUGUAUACAUCAAUUGUCAAAUAUUUUGAAGACCAUUGCAGUUGUUUAGCCAACUAUAUUUCUGUUCAUGCCAUUGCAUUAGUGUUUUUACAAGCUUUUUUGUUAUUUUAUUCUACAGAAAAAUGCCAUGAUCACCAUCUGAUGUGUGGAAGCAUUUCACACGAGCUAAUGUUGAAGGAAAAAUAUUUACUUUUAUGUUUGGAUAUGAUACAGUUUGUUUAAAUUACCCCCAAAUUCCAGUUAAUUCCCAUAAAUUCCCAUAAUUCUCAUGGAAAGUUUCCGAUUUGCUAUCUUUUCAAAAUUCCCAGGUUUAACUUCCCAUGGAAAGUUUCUGGAAAUUUACUGGAAAUUUACCAGAUAUUUUUUGCCCCUUUGCAACCCUAGUUUCUAUGCUGCCCAUCUUUACACAUAAAAUCAACACACAGCAUAUUAACAAUGAGCUAUGAACAAUGAAAGUAUAAUAACCAUCUGUAAGUCAAGUGUACUGAUGUUUGAAUCUACCUACUCAACAGCUUCUAUCACUGUUGCCAAUGAUCACACUUUUCACCUCCUUCAUGUUUUAGCGUCUGUUUUCCACCUUUUCUCUGCUGUCAUGUGAGUGUGAAAACGACUGUUAACACCAUACAUGCUGGAUUUAACAGUGUUUUAAAGGGAGGUCUGUGUUGGCUGAUCUGAGUUUUUUUCCUGCAUUAUUUAUUAUGAACAUAUCUUAUUUCUGGCCACAGUUGGUAUCUCCCAAUCUGUUCCACUGUCUGUGUUUCCAGUAACAGACGUAGACUCACCCACACGUUAACCAAGGAUUGAAGAUGUGAACAUCCUUUAAAAAAAGCACAGUGAACAUCCUCUUCAGAAAGAUCAUGUUUUAAAUAACAGUUUCAUUGAAACUCAUACUCCCACAUUAUUUUGCUGAUUUCUUUUGGAUGACAAGCAUUAUAAAAGAUGAAACCAAACAAACAAACAACAACAAAAAAGUGUGGCUAUCUUUUUGUUGUUGGUGCAACAGUCUGAAAAAGACCCUUUCCUGUAUAAUGCUAACAAAAAGCUUUUCAGCAUGUCAGCUAUAUGUGUGUGUGUGUGUGUGUAUAUAUAUAUAUAUAUAUAUAUAGUUUUGUUUUUGUUGUAUUUCGAUAUGAUAUUUAUUGCUGUUCUUAACACCAAAGGCAUGUGUCUAAGUAUCCUACUACUUGAAAAGAGUUAAAACUUUGGCCCUAAGAGAUUCUAGAGGUGAAUCAAACAUUUUUUUGAGUGAUCUCACAGCUUUUAAAUGUAAAAACAUAAAAACAUUAAACAAAUAGAUUUAUAUCUGCCCUUUUAUUUGAAGUUUUUAAUGUGAAAAUGAUAUCUUAGUUUAAUGUAAAAUUAAUUUGACUUCUUUUUACUGCAAGAAUGUCAAAUGUUUUGACGAUAUAGACACAUAUAGCUACCAAACUGUAUUUCUGUAAUGACCACAAGAAAUAUUUGAUUUAGGUCCCAGACUUUGGUUAUACUUCCAAGGCUACCUAAUUUUUCUGUCAGUCAUGUAAAAAGUCAGAUUUUCUGGUCUUACUAAAAUAUAUGAUGUGAAAUUGUUCCAAAAUGCUGAAAAUAGUGAAAAAAGCUGUUCCCACACAUCCUGUUCAAGGUUUGCACUCAGAGGUCCUCAAAACACAAGUAUUUGAAAGGCAGCAGGAGAGUACAGUCAUGUGCAGAAACUGAGUGUGUGUAUUAAACAGGAAUGUUUGACCUAAAGUCUCUACUUUUUAGUGGAAUUUUGCUCUGUCGGCACGAACUUAAGGUUUAUACAUGUACGAACUCCCCUCAAAACCUUUACUUUUUUAUUUAAUCAUGAUGAACAGGAUACUCUUCUGUUGGGUCUAUCCAUAAAAUGAUUGUUGCCGAGUUGUAAAUUAAAAUCAAUUUGCUCUUAUUACUUCCACAGAGGAUAUCAGCAGGCAUUUGUAAGAAUGCUGUGCCUAAUGGCUUUGCAUCAAAGGCAGCAGAGUACUCAGUGAAGUAAACGUGGAAAGCGAGUAUUGAGUGUCACUAUAGCUGGAUUGUCAGGCAAAGAGCCAGGAGCUUUCAUCAGACAAAAAAGAGAAAUACAUUUAGUCCAGAGAGAAAGAGGCUGGUGCUCUCUCUCUAAUUUCUGUUUGUUGAGUUGAAUGGUCUAUUCAGAAGCUCUCGCAGAAGUAUAGUGCUCUCAUUGCAUGCCUGUCACACUUGAAUAGUGUUUAUUUUAGCUUCUGGUGCAGGUGGUGUUAGCAGCCUGUCACUGAGUCACAGCUGCUGAUGCUUUGGUGCCAUCAGAGGAUGACCAUAGCAGUUUUCACGUCUCCUUCGCUGAAGAUUUGAGAAGUUUUAUUAUGUAGAUUUCUUCAGCUGUAUUUUUAAUGAUAAGAGUGCGAGACAUAGUGACCCCUCCAUAAUGUUCUUUGUUCGAUUCCAGUCCAGCUGAUUCAUGUAUGCAUGUAUGCGCUGUGUUUGUUCUGAAGAUACAGAGUGCAUAUUGAAGGGGUCACGUUACAUUUAUGGCCUUUUUGUUUCAAAGAGCCUCCCAGCUCAGCUCAGGUAAUGUGAUUCCAGACGGAAGUUAAUUUGUCCAUACUCGCAGCCACAUCCUCCCUUCUAUCAACCCAUACGGGAGCUUCACUGCUGUGAAAGGUGAUGUGUGGUGUUUAAAGUCGCCAUGCACACAAACAAACUGAUGAAUAAUCAGAAACAAAGGGCAUAAAAAGUAAGCAGUAAAAUGUGGUACUUGGGGCACAAAUUUUCAACCUGCAAAACCAUAAUGUAUUUUUAAAAACACAUUUCAGUUAUCAUUCAGGCAUCGUAUUUUCAUCACACAUACUGCACAGAUUUGUACUUUUACAACCCCACUCCCUCCAUAAAAAGCACCCCCUCUCCCAAAAGGGUUCAUGACCAUAAGUACAUAGAAUGAGGAAGUGAUUCCUCUCCUUGACUUCCAGCCAUCCUUCCCUUUAAAGACGCUUUUCUUGCCUUAACCAUGUGUAAAUAAUUCCAUAAUAGAAAGUUCACUGAUGUAGUGUAAAAGGGGGCACAGUGUCCAUCAGAGUGGCCGAAUGAGGUGAUCGUACUGAGACGGCCUUACACUGGGCAAACAUACUCAUCAGACCCUUGAUGACCCCUAGAGUCCAGCGUGUUUGGCUAGUGUGACUGCUCCACACUCCAUCAAGGCGGCUGUGGCAGUGGUAGAGUCAAUUUCUUCCCAAUAGGAAGGUCGAGGGUUUGAUCUCAGGUCCCACUGUCCACAUGCUGAUGUCUCCCUGGACAAGACACUUUACCCCUCUGCUCCCGUUGGCUGUGCUCAGUGAUUUAUGAAUGGGAUUAGUCAAAAACUGAUGGGCUUUAUACACAGCAGGCCCUGCCAUUGGUGUGUGAAUGUGAUGUCAAAAGUGGUUUCUGCUUAGGUGGUUUAACAAAAGUGGUUUUACAUUUCUGCCGAGGCACCAUACUCUUCAUUGGCCCUUUUUUAUUUUACAGAGGAAGAUGGUAAAGGAGAAAGUGAACUAACAAUUAAACAGAGCAUAACAUGUGCGAGUGAAUCAGCAUGAUCAGUCUCCUACAAGAUGAUCAGGACCCCUCACUGACUUGCAGGAGGAACAAGGAGGACUUGACUGACUGUGCUGGCUGGAUAGUUGGAUAUAAUCAUUUCAGUUUAUUGCAUUGAUGGUUAUUCAGAGCACAUGUUUGAUAGUUGUUCUAUACGGGAUGAACCUUGGGGUUUUCAGUUCACAGCUCACUGAUGAACUGCCAGUUGUUCAUGCUAGCCUUACGUCAGAUAAUUUUCCCAGAUUUUUUUCUUUUUCAGUUUUAUUUAUCAUCAUCAACUCACAGCGUAACAGAACUUUUUUAAAUACUGUAAAGUAUCCCAAACUCAUUCACAUCACCAUCAAUUUUGUUGCUGUUAGCAUGCUAAGAUGCUAAAGUUCGAGCGUGAAAAUGACAAGAAAGCAUGUCAGUAAAUGUCAGAAUACAUUUCAAAGCAGUAAUUAGUAUGUUUCUUGACUUUAUAUCUGAGCCUUUUGUUUGUGAAUGACAAAAAGUAAUUAUAAAAUUGAAUAAAAAGUCAAUUUUUAAAAAUAUUUAGAGCCAAUACCUGACUCCAUUCACAAACCUGCCUAGUGUUAACAUUUUACAGGCCUGGAGCUUCUCUGGUUGUUCUCCCUUAAAGCAGACAUUUUGAAUGGGUGAUACAUUUUAUCGAAAGAAAGAUGAACUUCUUUUGUGAGAAAAACAUUAAUUAGGUGUGAAAAGGAAGUCCAGCCAAGCUAAAGAGAUUAACAUGCAUCAUAUUAGUUACUUUGAAAGCCUGACUGUCUGAUAUUUGGUACAAACACAUGGAGAGCCUAAUCACUGUGAUGUUUUAUUCUGUACGUAGACAUGUUUUAUGUUGUUGAAGGCAAUACUGAAGUGUUUGUUAACAAUCAGCACUGUGGUAAAAUGAGGGAACUUAUCUGUGAAUAAUAAAAAGUGCCUUUCCCACAGAAAAAGGGCAUCGCAUUUCAUCCCCCACAAAGAGAGACAUCAAUUAGCCUUGAAAGUGAGGGAUUAAUUGAUGUGGGAAUGUUGAUGGAUGUUAUCUGGAGACCAAAUAUCCAAUCAUCGAUCAGUCUGGCAAAAUAAAAUGCUCCUUAGCUUUAUAUUUUUCACAAAUAGACUUAUUGUUAGGAAAUAGAAAGCAACCUAUUUUCUUCAGUGUGGUACAUUAUUGUCAUCAGGAGCUCAUCUCUCUACCUGAUACAGAUUUGGUGUUAAAGAAGUCAGCACUGAUUUUCAAAAGAAGGAAAAUGCCCAAUAACUUUCAAUAAUAGUCUCUGCUCAUUGCUGAAAAUGAAACCUUUUUUUCACACCUCAUUUGUCUCCACGCGACACACAUCUGAUAAAUAAUAAAGAAGCCUUAUGAGCAGAACCUCAUCAUCCUCUGGGCCCAUGUUUCACACCCCUGACACCUCUCUCUGCUGCUGUUUGCAUUGAAAAACACGGGGUUUGAUUUUUCACACAUCACUGAAGCAGCGGGGAACGGUUAAGGAAAAUCUCAUAGCACUGAGUUCUCUGUGAAGGAGGGAUGUAAUCCUGUGUGAUUAUGGUGGUUGUUUAUUUUGCUCAGUUUCCAAGCUGUUUGCUGAAAAUAGAUCAGCUGUCUUACUUUGAGAUCAACGAAUGCAUCUCAAAGUCUGCACAGAGUUGCAGUCGCUUUUUAUGGCUGAUAUAAAUGAAUAACUAAAGAGAUACGCAUGAUUAGAAAUAUCUGAUAAUUCUACAUAAACCUGAUGCAACAAAAUCAUUAGAUUGGAUCUGAGAGGAAGUAAAUCUGUUACUGAUCUCCUGUUGAAAACACUCCUUUAGGAUUUUUAUCCAAAGAUUACAUCCACUUUUAAAACCAUGAAUGGACCGACCAUAAAAAACUAAAGACAGAUGUUUGAUAUGUUGAAUAAAAAGACAAUAAAUUAACUUGAAGAAGCGGGACAUCUCUAAGUGAUGUAACACCUCAAGCAAAUGGUAUACACAUUCAGUGAGUUCAAGUAGAAAUUAGGGCCAUAAUACAAAUAUGCAAAUAUAAAGUAAAUAUAUGCAAACAUGGGUGCUGAAGCCACAUGUGUCAGAUGUCACAAGCCCUGGCACUACAGUAGCAGCCAAGGCUUUUUAAGAACUCAUUUAUAGUUCAGAUUCUGUUUAAUUAACAGUAUUUAUGUUAGAUGAAACAACAUUAAAACGCAACUCAAUAUCAAUACAAAAUGUGAAUAGAACAAGCUUUUAAGUUUCGUGUUUGUAAAAUUUGGUACUGGUAAGUCUGUCAACACAAACAAAACCACCUAAUACAACACUACUCUGGUACCAGAUCAGCUAAUCCAGUUUUGGUUUUUGUCUGAAUCCAAUGUUUAGUUUGUUUUUUUUUCAAACCCUUUCAAACAGAUUGGGGUAAUUUCGAUCCAGAAUACUGGAUUAUCUUGACCUUAACAGAGGGUCGGAUUCAGGGUGGAUUUCAGGGUUGAUACACAAUCGCCUUUGAAUUAAAGAUUAGUUCAACAGUUUAUGAUGUCGACAUAGAGUUGCUGCAUCGCCACAAUGAUACACUAAGCAAACUAAACUGAAGGACAGUCAAAACAGUUAUUUACAUUUCACAAAUCAACAACCUUAUCAACAAAUUCAAUUAAAAAAGAAAAAACAGUCGAUUUAAACAAUGAGACCAUUGCGAUCAUUGAAACAAACAGGCAGAAAACAAAGAAAAUCUAAUUUUACCAACAUUUAAACCAAAAAGCCAAAUCUCAGUGUUUUUGUGCCUCUUCCUCAUGAAUAAAAUGGGAGAUACAACGAAAAUAACUGAUCAUAACUUAUACAAGCUUAAAUUUAGCUUUGCUCUCUUAGGUUGAUCCCAACCUGAAACUUAAUAAUCAACAAAGUCUUUUAGUUUACAUUGGAGUGUUUUAGCAACAUUACAAAUGAACAAAUAAGUAAAUGAAUGAAUAGUAGAUCAAACAAACUUGCAGGAAAUUACUUUCGAUAUGUGAAGAUGAUGUGGUUGAUUCGAUCUACCCUGGUCUUCUUUGGUUCAUAGCAGUGCCCAGCUAAGCAGCCAAAUAGCGGUUUUUGGAUGGAGCAGUUCAUGACAGGUGAUGAAGUUUGAGUGGACCUGAAAAUAGCUCACUAUUGUACGGUUUCAUGUCACAGAAUGGAUCAUCUACUCCAUUUUUACCAAGUUCCAUUAAAUAUAAAGAAGGGAUGAUUAAUUUUGUCUCUGCAGACACACAGGAGGAGCAUGGCUGACAGGCAGAGGAGUGGAAAUUAAUCCUCCUCUGUCCUCGGGUGGAUUGACUCUCAGACAUGAAUCAGAGUGACAUUAACACUAAGAAAACAUUGGAGGUGAUUGCUCUCAUUGGCUCUGUGGCCCCUGACUGCUCAGAUGGGCCGUCAUUGUUGUUCUUGGAUGUCAGAAACACCGGCUGAUGCUGAACAGCUGGAGGUGAUGAUGGCUGUGCUGGGACUCCCCAGCAGCUAUUUGCUGAUACGCACAUUGCUGCCUGUCGUGUCUUGCUUCAUUGCGCUCUGAUGUUCCCAGCUGGGACAGGGUGGCUGCUCCCUCAGGGGGGUCCUUUGCUCUGUUUGCACAAUAACACCUGACACUGACAACUGAUAACCUUGGAUUGAUGCCUUUUUGGCACCUCAGUUUGGGGUUUUGUGUCCCAGAGGCUUCCCUGUAGACUUUUCUUCUAUGUAUAGAUUUUAAGUUUAGAUCCUCAGUGGGAUCAUUUAUGUCAGUCAGCCAUCUGUGUUUUCAGAACUUUCGUCUAAAGCAGUUUUUAUCAAUAUUUUCCUUCAACAAUGGAUCAAAUGAGCUAUAUAAGAAAUAAUUCAGGACCAAGAGAUAAUCAAUAACCCUCAGUGAUCCCUUCAACACUGGGAGCAUGUUUAAAGUUUCCACUGCUAAGCUGUAAACAAGGCACAGUGAUAUUUCUUUUCGUCAGGCCUCAAAUAAACAACAGAAACACAUUUGAACGCACUAUUAGUAUUCAAUAAAACAAAGACCUGCAAACAUUGACACACACAAAUUAAAAAAGGAACAAACACAGGAGCAAACACUCAGGAGGGCUCUCUUUCACACAGAUGUGGGGUCAGGCUUUGUUAUGAAACUGUUUGUCUUUUGAGAAAAUUGUCUUGUGUGUGCCAGGAUCUCCGGCAGCAUCCUUGCAGAGGUGCUUCUGCUGUGGAAACCAGCUCUGUUUAGCUAAAGUGUAAACCCUUCAGUGUUUGAGUAAACUGAACACUGUCAGGUCCUCUCUGUCUGUUCAAUAGAAACCACAAGCUCUUUCUGUGGUUCCUGGACGGUUGUCAUAAACUGUUAAACAGUGCAGAGCAGAGAUAGUGUUAAGGUUAUGUGUUCAGAUCCAAGAGAUUGGUCGGUUUUACUUACCAAAGUCAAGUUUUAGAGAAUAAAGAAAUUUGAUUCUGGUAAAACUUUUGUCUACUUGGUUUGAAGUACCAAAUCAAAUUAAAUUUGUUUAAAUGUUUUAACUAUAGAGGUUACAAAUCCAAGUGUCUGCUGCUUACUGCUUAUUUACUUUCUGAUCUCUUUCAUUACUGUGUCUUGGCCAUAGACUGUAUAUACUAUAGACAACUUGGUUCCGCCUUGUGUCCAAAUUGCUCUCAGUAUUUCCGGGAUUUUCUUAACGUCCUGGAAACACCACUUGUGCAGUAGUGUUGCACGCAUUCAGUGGGAGAGUCGCUGUGAUGUGAGCUAUGCAGUUUUCAUACGCUCAUAUUCUGUAUCAGGUGUCAAUCAUAGAAACAUGAAUCCCCUAAUAACUUUAAAAAUGGAGCUGUACAGAAAAAAAAGGACUUGAGCACAAACCAGUCUGACAGUAACUACAUGUCAACAUCGCAAGUAGGGGGAGAAAAAUUUAUUUUCUGUGUAAUACAUUUCUGAAGAUUGUCCACAGCUCCAUAGGGAUUGCUGGCAGAGGUGGAAAUUUAUUACCUUUACUGCAGCCCGUCACCAGAGGGUGCUGUUCUCGUGGUGGCUUCACCCAGCGAGGAGGUAGACGGCGUUCAUUCUACAUACAGUUGAUGGUCUGGAGACAUUUACACGGCCCAUCCAGAUGGCUGCUUGAAAAAAUUAGGCUUGUCUCCAUUAAACACUGUCCUGACAUUCAUGUUUGGCGUCCAUUCUAUAUACAGUCUAUGGUCUUGGCCUUGUAAGAAACACAGAAACACGCUUUUUAGCCUGGGAGUCGUUUGGGAAAUCUCUAUCAGAGGAACUCUGAGCUCCAUCUUGGGCAGAGUAAGAGCUUCCCUCUCCCUGUGAGGCUGAGUCCUGGUCUUCUCCAAGGAUCAGAGGUGUAAGUGCUUCAAAGUCGUGGUGGUGGAAAGCCGCUUCUUAUCACAGAGCACAAAAGAGAAGAGACCAAAUAUGGACUUCACUGUAGAUCUUUUUUGUGUGCGGUCUCUGCAGUUGUUUGUUCCACAUUGAAUUAGAGGCCCUAUCGGCCAUGAAAUGCUUUAUUUGUUUUUCCUAAUCAGGGACCCUAACACUAUAAAGCAGAUUGAUAUGAGAGAAGCCUGGAGGGAGAACAGUGAAGUGCAUGCAAGGCUCAGGUACAUAUUUAUCCAGCUGCAGAUUAGAAAGGUUGGCGAUGCUUUAUAAUUUUGUGCAGGCUUAAAUAAACAAUAAGGACAGAUCAGACACGAGUGAGCACACAAUGCUCACACAAACAAAGACAACAGGCAUUGUGCUGGAUCAGAUGAAUGUCAUUCAGUGUGUAUCCCUGAUUAAAGUCAGACACUAUUUUGUUUGGUUUUGUAUUUUUUUAAGACAGGUAGUUUUAUUUGUGUUGUAUUAAAUUUAUGGUUGUAUUAAAGGGAACUCUGGCUUUUGUGUCCGACACCCUAGAACAAGAUUUACAAGUUUGUUAAAAACUUCCUGUCCUCUCUCCAUGUGGAAUUCUGGUCAGAAAAGACUCAGCUUAAACCAAAAAUCUAAUUUUUCCACAACAACAACAAAAAAAAAAAAAAAAGGAAGAGAAAAGAUUAAUUUGGUUGAGUCAUUAGAAAGACAACUCUCACAGUAGUCUCAUGGUGGGUUUAAUGAGACAGUCCCUCAAAAUUAUCACCAUGUGAAUGCCUCCUGCUGUUAGUUGCUAACAGAACACAUUUAAACCCUGGGUGAUCCUGUUAGUCAUGAAUGAUGCCACCAGAUAAAAAUAUCGUUUUCAUUUUCAUCUUGAAAUUUUAUGGUAACAAAAAGUGUCAUAAAAGCAUGAUCAACAGCUGAUAUAUUUCUGAGGUGAUACGAUGUUGUGCUGAUUGUGCUUUUUCUGUCUCAUUUAGGGUGUGGCAUUAGCCUCUCUACUUUUCAUCCUGGUGUCCAUCACCACCUUCUGCCUGGAGACCCAUGAAGCCUUCAAUGAACUGAGGAACGAGACAAAGAAGGUGGUUGUGGGUAAUAUUACCCGCAUAGAGGAGAAGAGUGAGUUGGUUACAAAACCCGUCCUGAUCCUGGUGGAGGGCAUCUGUGUGGUUUGGUUCACUUUUGAGUUCCUGGUGCGGAUCGUUUGCUGCCCAGACAAACUGGUCUUCAUCAAGAACACUCUCAACAUCAUAGACUUUGUGGCCAUUCUGCCAUUUUACCUGGAGAUGGGUCUGAGCAGUUUGCCAUCCAAAGCAGCCAGUGAUGUGCUGGGCUUCCUGCGUGUGGUGAGAUUUGUUCGGAUCCUCAGGAUCUUCAAACUGACGCGACACUUUGUCGGGUUGCGUGUGCUCGGCCACACACUGAGGGCCAGUGCCAAUGAGUUUCUCCUCCUUGUAAUCUUCUUGGCACUUGGUGUUCUCAUCUUCGCCACCAUGAUCUACUACGCUGAGCGUAUUGGAGCCCGGCCUAAUGACCCCAACCCCACACACUUCACGAACAUCCCCAUUAGCUUCUGGUGGGCUGUAGUCACCAUGACGACGCUAGGGUAUGGAGACAUGUACCCACAGACGUGGCUGGGUAUGAUGGUGGGGGCACUUUGUGCGCUGGCUGGGGUAUUGACCAUCGCCAUGCCGGUCCCCGUCAUCGUCAAUAACUUUGGGAUGUACUACUCACUUGCCAUGGCCAAACAGAAGCUCCCCAAGAAGAAGAAGAAGCACAACCCCAACCCGGACGCCCCGACAGACUCAGUAUCAUUUGGGAAGUCAGAAACAAACUCACACAGGGACAGCACCCAGAGCGACACGUGUCCACUUGCUGCAGAGGAGAGCGUUGGCAGGAACCGCUCAGGUCAGGCUGCAAAGCAAUAAAAGGCCAUUACACCUAAAAUACAGAAAACGUUCUUUCACUGGUCUUUUGUGUUAUAAAUCCAUGCAGAAACUUUUAGUUGCACUCUACUCUUUUAAUUUCUCAUAUAAUUUGUUGUAUGAUAUGUUACUUAUAGAGUAAGGUAUACUGUUUAGAAAUGUGCUUUUGGUUUGCACACUAAUGACUCUCACCAGAGGCUGUAAUUUUUUGUGUUUGAUGUGGACGAUUCUGAGAAACUUGAUCCUCAUAACACCUCCUGAAUGUUUUAUUUUGUUAGAUAAAAUAUAUUUAAAUAUUUAGUUAUUUCUUAAGUGGUGUAACAAGCACAAAAUACAUUUCACUUUCCUUGAUUGAUUUAAGGUAAAAAUCUUUACCAAAACUGUCUGCAUGUAUAAAUACCAUAAGGACUUUGUGAGACUUUGUUUUGUUUUCUAUCUUAAAUGGCUCUUUGCAUAACAUCCCAUUCACCAUCUGUUUUUAUCUAGAAAUAUCUUCAGUCUAACACAUUCUUCCAGCCAGUAUUUUUAUGGUGCCUCAUACUUUUGCCUGACAAAUGAAGCUGGCUUAGUCAUAUAAACAGGAACACGUGGGAUCAAAUUACCAUCCAUAGAACAUCUCCAAUUGAAUUUCCUCACAGAAAAAAAAAACAGGUUUUAUGCCAUAUACCUUUCUCUAGUCUGAGUCCUCAGGGUAGUCUCAGUAAAAGCUUUGGCAUUUACGUUGCCAUUUGUUUUUGUCAUCCUGUCAGACUCCAAACAGAACGGAGAUGCUAAUGUGGCCCUUUCAGAGGAGGAGGGCUGCAGCCUGACCCAGCCGCUGUCCCCCAGUGAAAAAUGGUCACUGCGGUGCUCCAGAGGGCGAGACAAGACUAAGAAAGAAGCCACCUGCUUCCUCUUAGCCCCUGAAGAUCCAAGUGUCCAUACUGGUAAGUUAUAUACUAUACAUAUAGAAAUUAUCAUUUAUGCUUGCUCGCUGAGCGGUGCUCUGCACUUUGCAGCUAUUCAAUUCACCUUUUGAUAAAUAUCAAGUAAAGCUCUGCAGUCAUGCAGUAUUCUUUAUUCUCACCUACAGUAUGUUGUUGCUCUUUUAAUCACAGUUAAGUUUUAUCUAAACCAUUAAUGCAUUUAUACCUGAAAGAAAACACAAUUGUAUUACAGCCAUUACAUUAGGACUGAAAUCCUUUUUCAUGCCUAUUAACAAAUGAUGAACCAGGACGCAGCUAUCCAAGCACAGUUAGAGCAUUUGGAAACAGCAAGCCUGGCUCUAUCGACCAGUAAAAUAGUCACCCUACCAGCAGAGGUUCAUGAAAGACUUAAUCAAUGUGAUUUAUUGAUAUAAAAAUAGAAAAUAAGCAAUUUGUGGAAGUAUUGUACUAUUCCAUGUUCUUGGUUUAGUUAUUUCUCUUUACUCAGGCUGCAACUCUGAUGGAGGCAACAAUGACCAGUUAAUAUAGAACAUAAACUUUGCCCCUCACAUUAUUUUGCAACUUUAUUAUUUUUCAGCUGUCAGAGGAGUUGACAAAUCUACAGCCGGAGCUGUUACAACACAGAAAAACACACAGAUGAUGGCCGAAUGAAAAACUAGAAGGAUGUGUUGUUAUUUAUAGAUUUCCACCAAUCAACGGGAAGAACAGGAAGAACACGAUCUCAGUGUUAUGUUAAAACAUCACACUGUCAGAAACAUAUAGUUAGAAGAUGUUGUGUCGUAGUAAAACAGCUUUAUCCUGUGAAAUUAUUUUAAUAGUUUGGACAGGUACAAUUUUUUAUAUACAUGGUUGUGCAAUUUUUCACCUUGAAUACAUUUAUAUUGUAAUACAGACAACUGUUGUUGAAUUGUUGUUAUAGCUGAAUCAUUUGUAAGUUUAUUUGGUGAGAUUAUAUGAAAUGUUUUGUUCGAUUUAACCGUUAGGCAUUUCACUAUUGAUAAAAAUUUUUAUCAAAGUUUAAAAUCCAAGCUAUAGUUCUCACAGAGACAACAUGCAGAUGUCAUAUUGGUAUCUUAUUUGUGUGUGCAUUUUCUUAUUUGACUGUGGUUGCAUGAUCACAUUUUCCUAUUGACCACGAAACACAGUGCAGUGUGCUGAUGAAGAAGUUAUUUGUUUUUAAAUAUUUUGAAAUACAAUUAUUGUGAUCUGGUUUUAUAACUACAAAGGAAGCAGCAGAUCAUUUAAGUCAGUGAGACCCAUGCUUUUGGAAACAUGAAUGUCAGGACAGUGUUUAAUGGAGACGAGUCUAAUUUUUUCCAGCAGCCAUCUGGAUGAGCUGUGUAAAUGUCUCCAGACCAUUGACUGUAUGUAGAAUGGACGCCAUCUGCCUCUUUGCUAGGCGAAGCCACCGCGAGAACAGCACCCUCUGGUGACAGGCUGCAGUAAAGGUCAUAAGUUCUGCCACCUCCAGCAAUCCCUAUGGAGUUGUGGACAAACUUCAGAAAUUGAUUACACAGAAUAUAAAUUUUUCUCCCCCUACUUGCGAUGUUGACAUGUAGUUACAGUAAGACUGGUUUGUGCUCAAGUCCUUUUUUUUCUGUGCAGCUCCAUUUUUAAAAGUUAUCAGGGAGUUCAUGUUUUCUAUGAUUGACACUUGAUACAGCCUAUGGGCGUACAGAGAUUGCGUAGCUCACCCAGGGGAUACGCUGUUUGAGCCGAGCGUCAUCACAGCGACUCUUCCGCUGAAUGCGAACAACACUACUGCGCAAGUGGUGUUUCCAGGAAGUGGAGAAAAACUGAAAUAUCAAGAACAUUUUGGCUUCAAAUUCAUAUAAUGUUGGAAGCAGAGCUCCAGACUCAACACACAAAGGUUUGAGUGUUUUUGGAAGGCAAAAUCUAUAUUAUAGCAAAGACCAGUUUGCUGAAGAGGUCACUCGAGCAGAGACCAAACUAGUUGUCCAACGUAAGUUAAACAUGGAUUACAGUAAAUAGGCUUUAAAAUGGGAAACAUUAAGUGAUCUGUGAAGCAGCAUGGAGUUCUCAGUAUCAGCAAAAAAUAUCUGUCGUCUUUCUUUUUUUGAGCUUGGAGGAAUAGAAAAAAACAAUAAACUUUCAAUCUUCAACGUUUUUCAUUCCUCCGGUGGCCCCCAGCUGGUUAAGGUGAGAUUUCACAGAUUGUUCACAGGAGAGAUCAAAAGGAAAUCAAUGGAGGAGCUUUGUAGUACUAAUUGCAUCAUCUAUCUGUCUCAGAGUGGAAGCUUCCCUUCAAUUACCCUCUUCACAGAUCCACAAGAUUAGAGUUAGUAGUCACACAAGACGCCAUGCAACAUUGACUUCCAGGGUAAUAACUUUUUCUUUUCAAAAAAGGAAAAAGGAACAGUCUGACAUUUUUACAUUUUCUAGGGUCUUUCUGCAACAUAGGUCAAAACAGAGCCAUUCUUCAGGUUCAGUUCAUUAAUAUAUCCACUGUGUCUCACAUAUAAGCUUAUCUGUAUCUCCAGUAUCUCCUUAUGACACUACCUCUACCUUUGACAGUUAAGGAUAAAUUCCAGCUGAGCUCACAUCCUGACUCUCAUCAUCUAUCUGCAAACAGCCCAAUGACACUGAGGAUGUUUUCUAUUGGGGCACCAGACCUCAUUAGCGCAUCACUGUUGAGGAGACAACAACACAUGAAUUGUGCACUUACCAUAGCGCAGGUCCUGUGAGAGCACUCGCCCCACCUUUUUUGACAGGCCAUUACCAGAAACUGUAUUUGAACAUGUUUCCUGAAAGCCUCGGACAACCCUGAAUGUGUUGAGUGUUUUUAGACAACUGUGGGUUAAUUGCAGCUUGUCACAUGCAGAUGAAACACAAACAACACACAUAAUCUGAGUCAUAACUGUCAGAUAACAGAGAAAACAUGUUUUCUCAUGUCUGUGGACAUACAGUGACGCACUAAGGGGAAAAACUAUCAGAAAUUGUCCCUGGUUCAAUUCGACGCUGAUUUCUCUAAUAAUACACCAAACUGUGUUGUCAGCUCAUGAAACUGCGGGGCGAGCUUUCUUCUGAUUGAAAACACAAAAUCAACCGGGAGCUGAGCAAAACCAGAACCCCUCAAAACUAAUCUUUGAGUCAGAGGAGGGGGGGGAUAAUUCAAUCCUGAGGGCUGUGUCUGGUGAAUAUGUGGAUAAUGAUAUCCCAGUCUAUUACAGGGAAAUAUCACACUUACACAACACAUUUUAGAGCACAUUACCUGCAAAAAGCUGCGAGUGAACCCUCACUGUUUCCUAACAGGCUUAGGAUUGUUGUAGCAGAGUCAGACAUCCAAAAGUCUGUUUUUUUCUAACAUGCAAAAAGCAUCAUUUUAUCUGGUUAGCUGGAGAAAGACGGAAGCUGAGAGGCUCUGCUCCUCAGAUAUUUACCCAUAAGGGAAAGCAGGUUAACUCCAGGGUUACAGGAUACAUAGUAUGGAUCAUAUUUCACCAGAGCAGUAUGGCAGGAAACAAAGAAAAGGAUGAAUGGAUGCAGCAGGUCUGAAGAUGCUUGGAUGGUUAUCAGUGACAGGAAAUGGUCCCCCCCACCCUCCACCACCACCACCACCACCCACCCGGCAGAGGGAACCGAAAGCUGCAGGAUUUGAAGUGAUUAAGGUCAUCAUCAGCAGUCUGAAACAGCAUCCACUGUCACAAAAUACACUUAGAAAGGCAAAUGUGUCCAGGUUAAGAGCACAUUUUCUCAGUCAAGUGACAGCAGCUCUUGAAUGGUUUGCCACACCAUUAUGCACUCAUCAUGAGGGAGUAAGCUGCUGUCUAUGGGUGCGGGGCGGCUGUGGAAACAUGGACAGGCAGAAAAAAAAGGCGUUUUCCCAAGUGACUCCUCUGACACUAAUAGGUUUCCAUUAACAACACAGGUGGUUGGUGUAAAAGCCUCUUGAUGUUCAGAUCUAUAUGAUAUCUGUCUGCAGAACAUAGUAAAAAUACUGAAUUACUCAUUUAACUCUUAUUGAGAAAAUAUGAGAAAAUGUGUUUAAAUUGACAGAAUUACUGUUUUUCUUCAUCAAACAACAAUAAACUGUAUAUAUUCAACAUUAAAUGUACAGAAAUGGGAAUUUGGAAUAGCUCGUGGUCAUGGAAAUAAGAUGCAAAUGUAACUUUGGGCUUAAAGUCCCACUCUGAUGUUUUUUUUUUUUUUUUUUUUUAAUUUAAAGUGUUCUCAGUGGUCUUUAAAUCGUGAUUAUGAAGUUUUUAGCCAAAAUCAUGUUACCUGUGUCAUUUUCAAGGGCUUUUCUUCUGCAGAGCUCCAGUAGCUCAUUAGCAAUUCGCCUCUGAGUCGUGGGCGGAGACAGCGCUGCUCUGCACACUCCUCUUUAUGCUAGCUUGCAGCCUAACAUUGAAGUAGCAGGUAACAGCUCUGAGACACUAAUGUCUUUAGGGACAUGAUUAAAGUUAAUAUCAUAAUUAGCUUUCUUACGAGCAUUGCAGUCAGCUAACACUUGUUCCGUGAUUGUCCUCUCUACUUCUCCGAGUCUGGCCUGCAUAGCCGGGCUCUGGGGGUUGAGCUUGGAUUUGUGAUGUAGAAAAUCUCACUGUGUCUGAACCUGCUGUUUGGGUCUGCCAGAGAUUCACAGAGAACUGAAUUCAGAAAUACUCUAAAAUGAAAUUCUGGUCUUAUUUUUCUCAUGAUAUGUCCUGUAGCAUCAGAGAAAAUGCAAUAUGAACUUGUAGACAAAUAGAAAAACUUGAUUUUCAUAGGAGUAGGUCUUUAAGACAUUUUGUAAAACACACAACCUCUUCAUUUGUGUGUUCAAAAUUACUGAGUGAAAUCAAACUCAAACAGUUUCAAAUUUUGCUCUGCAGAGAGUUUUUAACACUGUCUCAAAAACAGCUCUACUCCACAGCUAUUUCUCAGUCCUUCACAUUCAUAACACCAGUCCCUGUGUUUUAUUAUACUUUUGUUCUUCUGUGUCCCCUUACAGAGAGCUGCAAAGACUUCCUUUCCGGCCCUGGAAAUUACACUCAGCCAGAGGCCACCACUCUGACCUGAUGCUGAUCGGCUGUGAAAAAGAGAAAGAGCAUGAACUGUCUGUUGAGUACAUGAUGCGCAGAGUUCAACUCUGAUCCCUGUUUCCUUUGACUUCAAUAAUCUGCAGACUGGACUCUCUUUAUUUUGGACAAUGUUUUGUUUCUGUCAUCUGCAAAAACCUAGUGGUACCGAGUCAAAGCAGAUCUACCAUAUGAGCUGUCAUUUAGGUGUUACAUUUGCAUGCAUUGCAUGUACUAGCAUUGUUUGUACUCAAGACUGGCUCCAUGUAAAGACUUCUCUUUUAGCAGCAUCAUUGCUCAUCUUGAAAGCCCUGAAAUCAUGUUCAUUCCUGUCAUUUUCCAACUAACACAACACCACAGUCUGACAAAAUUGUACAUCUUUUUCAACUCCCAGCCCAGUGUCACUGCUCUGAAGAGCAAAUAAGGAAAGAAGUGGUAUAAAGGUGUCACGCUCCAACAAGGGAAGACUAAAAUCAAGUCCUUAGGAUCUUUUUGGUUCUUGAAGGGAUUAUUGACCACUGUCAGUCUAAUUCGAGGAAACUACAACCUCACCAUCCUUAAAAGUUGUAUUUUGGAGAUUUUAUCUCUAAAUAAAUACAAAUCAUAAUAGCAUUAGCUGAAACCUCACUUUUCCUUUAUAAGGCAAGAGUAUUUAUUGUCUAAGAGAAAGAAAUAACAAAAAAAAAAAAAGUUAUUUAAAAACCAUCUAACAACAUUUAUGCUAAUUAGAUUCUGUGUUGGUGUCAUUUUCUUUCUGUAAUUUUAAUAGAAAACAGUUUGAGCUUUUGUUGGAGCUGAAAAACAAUACCCUCAUCUUCUUCGCUCUAUUGUCCUUUAGUCAUAAAUGCCUUUUUUUGUUUUCAAAGAAAGGACUCUCAGACUUUUGUGAAUAUCAGUCUGUACAGUCAAACUGUAACUGUGAACAGGGAUCAGCUGAAAACCUGAAAUCAUUAUUUCUUUUUCAUCAGAAAAAUGCCUCUCUCUGCUUUCUAUCACUGACCACAGGGAAACAUGCAGAUCUUCUCUUGAGACACAACAUGGUAUGGGUGGUGCUCAGGCUACAAAACGUUUGUAAAUCCUUGUACAAAAGGAGAGUUUAACAUAAGAAGAGGCAAAAUCAAUGGAGCAGUAUUGUUAAAUACAUUAGCUGAUGCAUCACUGCUGGUUGAGUCUGGACCAAAUGUACAACCUAUUAGAUUACAUGGUAGAUUUUCAGUACUAUUGUUAGUCGAAGAUACAUCCAGUCCACUGCCAUCAGUUCCACGUGUGCCUCAUGUUGAGUAAUGGAGCUUUAACGUGUGCUGCAGUAAUGUCGUUGGAUUUAUUCUUAACACUUCUGGUGGUGUGGGAUCUAUAGGAAACUGUUUCCAUGUGGAGAGAAGCAGUGGGAGUGUGGUUUCUUUCACAUGUGACUUCGAAUAUAUUCCUCCUGGUCUACCAUAGUGGCCUUAUGUUUAAUAAACAAAGGGAAAGCUCAUUUCAUCUUCAUUAGACUGCAGCUCCGUCUCUAUGCUGACCCUGAGGUCAUGUAAUUAUGUAUAAGCACACACAUGUACCUAUGUAGCACAGUAGGAUUUUCUUGAUUUUAAUUACAUAGACUAUUUUCUCCUCUGUAUAUGACAUGUCAUGCAUCAUGAAAUAGAUGUUUAUCAAUUACAAAAGAUUAUUAUUUUGAUAUUUUUAACAGUUAGCCUCAUUCUCUGUUUUUUUGUAUGUAUGAAUGUGACAGAGACGCUAACAGCACAUCAGAUUCACAUCUCCUCAAUAUGGAUAGUAUAGGCAACUGAUGGAUUUAAAUGAAAUCCAACCGUCAUAUGUUGUGUGUGCCUGUGUGUGUGUGUGUGUGUGUGUGUGUGUGUGUGUGUGUGUGGGUGUGUGUGUGAUGUAUCAUAUAGGCAUGUGUUUCUAUGUGGAAAUCAAAAUAAAAAUACAUUUUCCCAUC